AUGCAUUCCAAGAUCUAUGGAUACAUUCGAUAUUUACCAAGGAAGAGUCGAAGCGAUGGUAUCUUGUUGACCACUUUUGUUGGAUCAAGCGAAGGAAAAACAUUUGCAGCCACAUUAGGACAAGUAACGACAUAUGGUACGCAAGUAANAAAUAAUCACCUUUGUCUUUCCUAUGAUCAUGUGACUGAACUUGAUUACCGAUAUGUACCUGAUCAGCCACAAAUUGCAUCGCCUAUUCGUCUCGUUAAUAUCGACCAUUUAACAGUUCGUUCUCCCGAAUCAAAUCGAUUUUUAUCUCAUAUUCCUCGAUUAGACCAAAUCAUUUCAUUGACAAUUUACAUCGAUAGUAAAACUUACACUGAAGUUGAACUUCAAUGUCUGAUCAAUCAAAUGCCUCAUCUUGCAACAUUCAGCUUUUACACAGAUUCAUUAUCGUUUAUGAACAAUGCUUUCUGUUACUUGGCUCACCCGAGAAUUCGUCGACUAAAUCUGCGUUGUUGCCAUGAUUGUUUUGAUGUCGAACGUUGUGCUGCAUUGUGGGAUUCAUCACUAGGCAAACAAUGCCAAAUUCUGUGUAUAAGCGUUGAAAAACCUAUAGUCGUACAUGAACUUAUCAACAACAUGAGAAAUCUUCGUGCAUUGACGGUUGAGUUUCAAGGUGAUCGUCUUUGGGGAGCAAACGACGACAAAGUUGUUUAUUGGCUGCACAAGCAUUUGCCAUCGGCAUGCCUAAUCAAAAGAGAUUCUGUGUGCACUAAAAAUAUACAUAUUUGGAUUGGAUCAAACCGAAACAUAUGA